AUGGGAUUACUCGAUGAACUCAGAUCACGCAACUUUUCUUUAUAUGCCCAAUGGCUCGGAAUUAUAUCCUUAAUUUUAUUAGUUGUCCUUGGUGUUGUGGCUCUCACUAGUAAUUUUAUAUUCUCAAUUGUUGGAUGGGUGAUAGCUUUCAUUCUAUUCUUCGUUGAAAUUCCUCUCUGUACUAAAUUCUGCCCAACAAGUCCUAGAUUUGACGCUUUCAUUGCACGCUUCGAAAAUGCAUACUUUCGAGGAGCCAUGUAUAUUGUGUAA